AUGUCUCCCGCAGCUGGCGCAAACGAAAAGGAGUCCAACCUCGCCCGAGUGCUUGGUUCCGGCUCUGCUGGUAUCGCCGAGUUGGCCGUCUUCCACCCCGUUGAUACAAUCGCCAAGCGACUGAUGAGCAACCAGACCAAGGUACGCAUUGCGCUCCAAACCGCCGACACCGACCGGCGCCUUUUCCUCCACCGCCCUGCUCUCUCGUACCUCGGUGUUCUAACUGCUUUUACAAACCAGAUUGCCAAUGCCGGCGAACUGAACAAGGUCAUCUUCAAGGACAAGGCCGCUGCGCCCAUCGGCCGCAAGUUCUUCUCCCUCUUCCCCGGUCUCGGCUACGCUGCCGGCUACAAGGUUCUCCAGCGUGUAUACAAGUAUGGCGGUCAGCCUGUGGCACGCGACUGGCUCAGCCAGCACUACGGCAAAGAUUUUGAGAACACUUUCGGCAAGAAGACUGGCAAGGCUGUCAUGCACUCGACGGCUGGCAGUUUGAUUGGUAUUGGUGAAAUUGUCCUCCUACCCCUCGAUGUCCUCAAAAUCAAGCGUCAGACCAACCCCGAGGCUUUCCGUGGCCGUGGUGUCCUGAGAAUUAUCGGCGACGAAGGCUUCGGAUUGUACCGUGGCUGGGGAUGGACCGCUGCCAGAAACGCCCCUGGUUCCUUUGCUCUGUUUGGUGGCUCUGCCUUCGCUAAGGAGUACCUCUUCCACCUGCAAGACUACAACAAGGCCACUUGGUUCCAGAACUUUAUCGCAUCCAUUGCUGGUGCCUCUGCCUCGCUUGUUGUCUCUGCUCCCCUCGAUGUUAUCAAGACUCGUAUCCAGAACCGCAACUUUGAGAACCCCGAGAGCGGUUUCCGUAUCCUGUCCAACAUGGCCCGCCACGAAGGCUUCUCCAGCUUCUUCAAGGGUCUUGUGCCCAAGCUCCUCAUGACGGGCCCCAAGCUGGUCUUCUCCUUCUGGCUGGCUCAGACCUUGAUUCCGGCCUUUGAUACCAUGUUCCGGAAGUGA